UCGAGCUCUAAGAUGAAGAUAUCCUGACUGAAAACUUUAGUGUAAAUGGAAAUAACGUGCGAAAAGCGAUGAUUGCAGUUGCCCAUGUGUUUUUACCUAAAGAACUUCAAAUAAAGGGACGCAACCUGUCGAAGGCGCGAAAGAGUUCCCAUCCCGCGCGAAGACAAGAAAUCGUGUCAGGAAGAAACGUGUUUUAUCGGUGUGUUUUAUCAAAUGAUUCCCAGAUGACAGGUUAUUAUAGUGGCAGACAUGCCAGCCAACCUCACCAUCUCCAACCACACCACGAACUACAACUUCCCAGCGCUCAUAUUCGGGAUUUUAUUGAUUAUUUUCAUCAUAUGUGGGAACGUUCUGGUGUGCCUGAGCGUUUACACUGAGAAAGCGCUGAAAACUACAACCAACUACUUCAUAGUCAGUUUGGCUGUUGCAGAUUUGUUCUUGGCUGUGCUGGUUCUGCCACUGUUUGUGUACGCAGAGUUCCAGGAUGGGGUUUGGUCCCUGAAUAUGACCUUAUGUGAUGGACUGAUGACCAUGGAUGUGAUGCUUUGCACCGCCUCGAUAUUUAACCUCUGUGCUAUCAGCAUCGACAGGUUCAUCGCCGUGUCUAUCCCUCUUAAUUACAACCGCAAACACGUGGACCAGCGACAGAUUGUCCUGCUUUCUGCCACAUGGAUCCUGGCCUUAGCCGUGGCCUCCCCCGUGAUAUUCGGAAUCAACGACGUCCCUAACCGGGACGACAGCGAAUGCAAAUUGGAGGACAACAACUAUGUGAUAUACUCCUCCGUCUGUUCGUUUUUCGUGCCAUGCCCCAUCAUGCUGUUGCUGUAUUGCGGAAUGUUCCGGGGACUGAGGAACUGGGAGGAGGCACGGAAAGCCAAGCUGAGGAGCAGCAUGCAGGCCUGCAAGAAGCUCCAGGAGGCCGCCGCGUCGCUGCAACCUAUGGCUGGCUUGCCGCCACCUCUGCCCCCCGUAAUCGUGAAAGACCUCAAAGAUAUUUCCCUUGAAGAACUGGAUCAGGAUCAGUAUCCAGAUGAUGGCCCAUAUCAAGCGAACUGUAAGGAUGGAGGAGUGUCCAUGCUUGCCUACCCUAGUGGGAGCAACAAUGAAGAUCAGAACCAGAACCGGCACAGGAAGAGUGCAAAGAUAAAUGGAAGGGAGAGGAAAGCCAUGAGGGUACUUCCUGUUGUAGUAGGUGCCUUCCUGUUCUGCUGGACACCAUUCUUCGUAGUACACACGAUGAGGGCGCUCUGCGAGGAGUGCGACAUCCCCAGCUACGUCAUCAGCAUAGUGACCUGGCUGGGCUAUGUCAACAGUGCCCUUAACCCUAUUAUCUACACUGUCUUCAACACAGAGUUCAGAAAGUUCUUUCGGAAGUUCCUGCCGACUCUGCCCAAUUGCUGCUAGCCUGAACUUGCUCUUCGCUAACGGGUUGCGAACAAACGAACAAAACAAAAGUGUAAAUAAACCAGAUAAAAUACAGCAUGUUUUAUAACACAAAUAUAAAAGUAAGGCUAUAAUGCACUAAGAUGUUUCCUGCCAUUAUGUUUUACUUUUAAUUUUGUAUGUUUACGUUUUGCGAGCUGACAUCAAAGGGCCUCAUUCAUGAAACACAAAGAAAGAACUUCUUUGUAAAUCAUUUGUAAAAUCAUUCUUACGUAUUGGUGCAUCCAUAAAAAUAAGAGCAGAACCAAUUUCUCUGUAAAUAGUUCAUAAAAUCAUUCUUGCGUAAAUUGUUGCGUUCUUGAAACAUAAGAUAAACUAAUUUCAGUGUAAAUUGUUCAUAAUUUCAUUCUUAUGUAAAUUGCUGGAUCCAUAAAAUACGAGUAGACAAAAUUUAUCUGUAAAUUGUUCAUAAAAUCAUUUUUUUUCUCCCCAAUUUGGAAUGCCCAGUUCCCAAUGCACUCUGUAUCCUCGUGGUGGCGUAGUGCCUUGCCUCAGUCCGGGUGGCGGUUGCCUCCGCGUCUGAGACUGUCAAUCUGCGCAUCUUAUCACAUGGCUUGUUGAGCGUGUUACCGCAGAGACAUAGCACCUGUGGAGGCUUCAUGCUAUUCUCUGCGGCAUCAACACAUAACUCACCACACACCCCACCGAGAGCGAGAACCACAUUAUAACAACCACGAGGAGGUUACCCCAUGUGACUCUACCCUCCCUAGCAACCGGGCCAAUUUGGUUGCUUAGGAGACCUGGCUGGAAUCACUCAGCAUGCCCUGGAUUUGAACUCAUGACUCCAGGGGUGGUAGGCCCCAUUCUUAAAAUCAUUCUUACGUAAAUUGGUGCAUCCAUAAAAAUAAGAGCAGAACACAUUUUCUGUAAAUCGUUUGUAAAAUCAUUCUUAAGUAAAUUGCUGCGUUCAUUAAACAUGAGCAUAACAAAUUUCAGUGUAAAUUGUUCGUAAGAUCAUUCUUACGUAAAUUGGCGCAUUCAUAAAACACAAGUAGAGCAAAUUUCUCUGUAAAUCGUUUAUAAAGUCAUUCUUAAGUAAAUUGUCGCAUUCAUGAAAUAUGAGCAAGACAAAUUUCAGUGUAAAUUGUUCGUAAGAUCAUUCUUUUCAUUUAUUUAUUUUGUAUCCCCUUCCCAAUUUGGAAUGCCCAAUUCCUACCACUCAGUAGGUCCUCGUGGUGGUGCGGUUACUCACCUCAAUCUGGGUGGCAGAGGACAAGUCUCAGUUGCCUCCGCUUCUGAGACUGUCAAUCCACGCAUCUUAUCACUUGGCUCAUUGUGCACGACACCGCGGAGACUCACAGCAUGUGGAGGCUCAUGCUACUCUCCGCGAUCCACACACAACUUAACACACAUCCCUUUUAGGGGCAGUGGUGGCUCAGCAGUUAAGGCUCUGGGUUACUGAUCAGGAGGUUGGGGGUUCAAGUCCCAGCACUGCCAAGAUGCCACUGUUGGGCCCUUGAGCAAGGCCCUUGACCCUAUCUGCUCCAGGGGUGCCAUAUCAUGGUUGACCCUGCACUCUGACCCCAGCUUAGCUGGGACAUGUGAAAAAAAAAAAUAAUUUCACUGCAAGUGUACAAUGUGUGAAAAAUAAAUACAAUUAUUUAAAAAAAAAUUAUAAUUAUUGAGAGCGAGAACCACUAAUCGCAACCACAAGGAGGUUACCCCAUGUGACUCGACCCUCCCUAGCAACUGGGCCAAUCUGGUUGCUUAGGAGACCUGGCUGGAGUCACUCAGUACACCCUGGAUUCAAUCUUACGAUUUCAGGGGUGGUAGUCUCGUAAGAUCAUUCUUAAAACUUUUUGUUUAUAAAAUGAUUCUUGCAUCAAUGGAAAUACCUUUUGUUGUUUACAUGUGAGAGCAUCAAAGUAACAUGGACUAAUGCGAAAAUACAGAAUGGUUUUACAAACAAAUUUUUUUCUUGUGUUUCAUAAAUGAGGUCCAAUGUACGCUUUGAAGCUUCUAUGACAGCAAUGUCUGUGGAAAUGUCAUUUAUGAUGACCUCUCUUUGCCAUUACUGCAUUCUCAUGUGGUACAUGGAGUAGCAUGCCCGCGGUUCAUGAGCCUAGGCAUCACACACAGGGCGUUCAUUUAGUAUCCAGUUGCACUGACUUUCAUCUGAGAAAUCAAUGUUUUUCACAGACAAGAACAAUUUUGUGCUGAUGUCUGAGUAAUAGAAGAUAAUAGGAUACAAUUACAAGCCUAAUCUAAAAGAAGACAUCAGGAUGAGUGACAUCAUGAAUGCCAAGAACUAAGAAGAUUACUACCAAGAGUUGAACUUAAGGUGACAGUGAGCAUGACACUAAUGUGGUGGAUGCAGCUGGAAACGAAAAGGCGAAUGCUAACUUUAUUUAGACAAUUGAAAGAAUGACUUUUAGUGUUCCCAAUGUUAUUGAUGCUAAGGAUGACAGUUUUAGCAGCAAUUAAAUGAAUAAACAAUCCAAUUUCAGGCAUGGAGCGAGUUAACCAAGUUGAAGAAAGAAUCUCCAAUGUGGACACUAAACAAUUGCUACGUUAAUUUCUCCAACGAUGCAUAGUACCAUAGUGGUAAAGCAGUGAGUUUUGUCGUUGUACGGGAAAAACACAGAACAAAUUCCUAUGUAAAUAAUUUGUAAAACCAGUUAUACGUUAUGUUCAUGAAAAUUGUUUGUAAAAUCACUCUGACGUUAAUUGUCACAUUCAUGAAACUUGAGCAGAACAAACCUAGUGUAUGUUGUUUGUAAAAACCAUUCUUACAUUGUGAGAUUCAUAAACAUGGACAGAACGAAUUCCUAUGGAAAUUGUUUGUAAAAUCAUUCUUGCAUAAA